AUGGCUUCUCCUUAUGGCCAUAUUAUUUCUGAUUGUAAGGCUUUGUUGGUCGAUGUUAGUAGUGUUUCUUUUAAUUUUGUUAAGCGGUCUGCUAAUAAGGUUGCGCAUGUUCUGGCACAAUCUUCUCUUGUCGAGACUGACCGUACUUUUAGUAGUGUUACUUUACCUACUGUAAUUGUUUCCCUGGUUUUGUCGGGCAAGUUCAUGACAUUGGUUGCGACAAAUGUUGCUACUAGGGGAUUGGAUAUUAACGAUGUUCAAUUAAUUAUUCAGUGCGAGCCUCCACGAAAUUCUGGUGCAGCUGUAAUGCUUUAUGAUCCUAGGAGGUCUAAUUUUUCUAAAAUUGAGAGAGAAUCUGGUGUUAAGUUUGAACAUAUAUCAGCUCCUCAGCCAGCAGAUGUUGCCAAAGCUGCAGGUGUUGAAGCUCCAGAAAUAAUAAAUCAAAUCUCGGAUAGUGUAAUCCCUGCUUUUAAGGCUGCUACUGAGGAUCUAUUAAACACAUCUGGUCUAUCUGCUGUGGAAAUUCUGUCAAAAGCACUUGCGAAAGCUGCUGGUUAUUCUGAGAUAAAAAGUAGAUCACUUCUGACUUCUAUGGAGAACUGUGUAACAGUACUUUUGGAGGCUGGGAAGCCCAUCUACACACCAUCGUGAG